UUCCCAAAUCCCCUGAAACCACUACACUGGAUUACACUGAUAUAGACUGUCUCUUCAUUUUAUUGGACUUCAGAUAGCAAGUAACUCACAGUUCCUGUAAGCUUGACUUCAGUUUCGCUUUGAUGUUGUACACUCCUCCUAAAUGAAAUACGAGACGCUUUUUAACACUUAUAUUUCACCUGUAGACCUUAUCAUUACCCGCCGCAUCCACAUUGAGAAGAAACCUGGAAUCAACUUAUUUAUCCUUUACUUACUAAACGUAACAAUCGGGAACAAAGCAUUGUUAACUAACCACAACAAAAAACCCGGUGAGACCUUUUCAUAACGCGUCUUUUACACGUCGCAGUUCCGGGUCUUUUUCAAGGUUGGGAAAGAGGCUAUGGAAGUAUGAGGGACGAGCUGGAGUUGAAACCCAUACAAGUUGUCCGUGACAACAAUAACUCGACAGAGCAAACGACUGUGGUGAUUCCAGGGAAUGGUGCUUACUCAGGCCACAACAGUUCAGAGAGAAAUGAAGUGUUCCCUUUGCUAUCAACAACACAGGACACUGAGAACAACAGGGAACAGUACAUCCAUGUGGAUGAAGGCGUCGAUACUGACUCUCUAAGUCAACACAAUUUGCAGAGGGAGCUGCGUAGGGUCAAGAAGGAACUGAAUGAAGUGGUGGUGUGGAAACUCAAACUAUGGACAUUGAUACUUAUCGUCUUUACUGCCAUUGCUCUGGUUAUUGGGAUCUCAAUCAUUGUGUGUGCAGUUGUUGAUGAUGAUGAGGAUGAAAAAUAUGAAAAAUCAUCAUUUGUGGUGCCGCGCUUCUUCAGUGGGAAUUUCACUCUGGACCCUAAAAGUUUCAAUUCAGAAACUCAAGAGGAAGAAACUAUGAUAGAGCUGAAACAGCAGAUGACAGGAGUCUACAAUUCUUCUCCUGCAUUGGAGCGGUACUUCCACAGUGUCACCAUAAACAAUCUCCAGGACACUACAGGCCAGUUUAAGCUCCAGUUCAUGAUGCCUUUAGAACAUGAGAAGUUGAUACGCUACACUUUGAGUCUAAAGAUGGUUAAAAAUGUGCUGCUCCAACACUUGUAUGAUCGAGACACUGGAGACCCUUUCUAUAUCAUACCAACAUCACUCCACAUGGAAGUUGGAUAACUAAGCAACCUUGAAUUACAAGAUGGAUUUUCUAAAUUGAACGACUGGUCCCUUCAUUAGAAAACAAAACAUUCCAAACAUCACGUUAUUUCAUUUAACUGCCUUC